AUGGACACGUUCGUGAAGAAGUUAUUCAAAAAUUUCCAUGCUCCUGGCCUCCCGUUCGUCCAGCUUGAGCCUGGAAUGAUCAACCACACUUACAUGGAAGGCCUCUUCGGGACCAAGGCCCCUCAUCUGUCUCAACACAAGGCAUUCUUCUCAGUCCAGCCGAUGACCAUGCUUGGUCGUACUACAGCUGACAUCAACUCCAACGCAUCAAGUUAUGAUGGUAUCGGUGAUCGUUACAUCACAACUCAAGGCAUCCUCGAUGUCAAAAGCAUCUGUAAAACAGUCUUGACGAUGGGUUACAUGCAAACUGGUCAGCUGAUGAUGUGUUCACGGUCUUGGAGUGACAACCAUACUACAUUGCUUGUCAACGCCCUGAGGUAUGCACUCAUCACCAAAACUAUCGAGACGUCCGGUGACAUUGACAACAAGCUACCGGAGUUUACUGAUGGUAAGAUUCGUAUCGACCCUAACUAUGGCAUGCGCACGACAACCGAUUCGAAAUGGGCAAAAAACAUCUGGCCUGCGGGUUCUGACGUCGCUAAUUACCCAGAAAUGACUAGAAUAGUUGACUUUGUCCCAGAUCAGCCCUAUCCCGCGCUAGAUCUCAGAGGCAUGAAAGGCGUCGAGGCUAGGUUUAUUGCUCUCAUGGUCGGAGCGUGGAAGUCACGUUCCAACCUCAGGCUUGAUUUCGAACUACCCAAGUUAGCUGAUAACAUCUGUUAUCGUGCCAACCCUGACUUGCCUGGUCUGGAUGGAUGGUUGUUUCCGGCGACUGAGAAAGCAGCUGACAUCCCAACGCCUCCUACCUCAGCUGUUGCUUGGUCAGCCAUCAUCAGCUACGUCAACAAUAACAGGCUGUACGACCAAUUCUCGGUGGCACUGCAUAUUGUGACGUCGCUGAUGUAUCAAAUGGUUCCACAAACCGCAGAUGGUCAAAUCUGGUUGAGUUACGACUGGCGGGUGUCACUCCCUGCUUUCGCUUCAAUCCGUGGGAGGUACACCUUCCUAAAUGAAGGAGUUGCCGGAUAUGGUAACCAACGGGCGCUCAACGAAUGGUCGUAUAUCAGCAACAAACUGGAGACGAUACACCUCACGGCGAUGGUCUUUGUACAAGCCAUACAAACUGGACUCGCUGUUACACUACAAGAAUACUAA